CUGGCCCGCUACACACACAGACGCGCAACAGCACGCCUUCUCUUAAUUUAGCCAAGCCAAAUAAAACAAGAACCAGACCAGCUUUUUUGGGAACCCAUUGGUGUUGUUGCUGCUCCGGGCUAUACGCAUAAAAGGCCACGCGAUGAUAAGCUUUCUGUUCAUUGUAAAUCGCGCUCUCAGCAGCGGCACGGCGGCGAGUUUAUCGAGCAAGAAGAUGUCCGCCCCCGGACCACGCCCCCUCGUCCUCUGCGGCCCCUCGGGCUCCGGCAAGAGCACGCUCCUGAAGAGGCUCUUCGCGGAGUUCCCCAACACCUUUGGCUUCAGCAUAUCGCACACCACGCGGAAGCCCCGCGAGGGCGAAGAGCACGGGGUGCACUACUAUUUCGUGGAGCGGCCGGAAAUGGAGGCGGCCAUCGCCGGAGACGAGUUCAUCGAGACGGCCGAGUUCACGGGCAAUCUGUAUGGCACCAGCAAGGCGGCCGUGCGCGAGAUCCAGGCCCAGGGCAGGGUCUGCAUCCUGGACAUCGAGCAGAAGGGUGUGGAGCAGAUUCGCCGCACCGAUCUGAAUCCCAUACUGAUCUUCAACAAUCCCCCGAGCAUCAAUGAGCUGGAACGUCGACUGCGUCAACGUGGCUCGGAGACGGAGGAGUCGCUGGCCAAACGCCUUAAUGCCGCCCAGGUGGAAUUGGAUUACGGUUUGACGCCCGGCAAUUUCCACAAGAUCAUCAACAACGUGGACAUCGAUGUGGCCUACGAGGAGUUCCGCAACUUUGUGGUCCAGGAACUCAAGGCACAGGAGAGCCAGGGAGUGCCCAUUAGCCUGAAGUAGGACGAAGGAAUCGAAACGAAGGUGCAAUGAUAUUAAUGAUUAACCUCAGUGGGAUGGUUUGCUGGCAAGGAAAGUAAUCCAUGUGUUUUACAUUGAUGGUAAUGUAUGCCAUAAACUAAAAGGAAAACCAGGUACUAUUUAUAUUUAUACUUAAGAAAAAGGUUCGAUUAGUUUCAUUUGUUCAUUUACUUUUACAAAAAUAAGUUGAUAUUUAUUGAUGCAUAGAAUGAUAUAUACAUAGGUAUUUAUAAUUUUUUCGUUCUUUGCUUAAUCAGUUCCUUUAAAAAAUAUUCACUUAGAAUAUCAACCCCAAAAUCAUAAUUACUUUGAGAGCUCGUUCUGUUCAAAAUAAUGUUAAUAAGUAAAACUAGACCGCCAAAAUCGACCCGAUUAGAGCGGCAACUUGACCUAGAGUUUCCAAUGAGAGUGCGCCAUGGAUUACUUUCCGUGCCCGCGAUGCAUGAGGCGCCCACCCCAAAACCACGUUGACUAAUGGCAUUUAUACUUAAGAAAUGGCUUGUAUUUAUUCUUCUCCUCCUGUCCACCUUCAUGUUGUGCAAAGUCGUUGUUGUAGUUGUAAUUUUAAGCUGAAAGUUGUUGCGCUGCUUCACGGUCGAGGAGACCGGGGAAGGCGAUUAAAAUGGAAUCAAUAAAGAGCAAACAGAUGCGGGUAUACUGUA